GUAAUACCAAUCCCGUCCAGAUCGUACUUCGAUAUAAUUGAGAUUUGAAUAGGAAUCUGAUUGGAUCUGAUAGCGGAGUCGAUAUAAUCCGAGAAGGAAAAGGAGAUUAGGGCGCGGCAAUCGAUUGUUGUCCGUUUCUUAAAAGAUAAUAGUUUCAUGAACGAGGUAGGUAAUUGGGUGGAGAAGUAAGAAUCAGAGGAGGAGAAGGAGGAGAGGAAGAAGAAGGAAAAAAGAGGAGAGGAAGCAGAUAACAUGUCUGCCAUAGUGUGCGGGAAGAGAUCUUUAUUCGAGGAAUUGACCGCUUCCCCUCCCGUUUCCAAGAGAAUUCGCUGCUCAUCUUCUUCUCCUGUUCGUUUCUCUCCUCCAAGAUCGAUCUCGGCUUUCUCACCUCCUUCCCCUUCGCAGUCCUCGUUUUUGGUCGAUCAACUCAUUGCCAUCUUCCCUGACAUGGACAAGGAGCUACUUGAGAGAGCACUUAAAGAAUGUGGAGAUGAUCUGGAUUCAGCUAUCAAAAGUUUAAACGAGCUCCGUUUAGGAUCUGCUGACAGAAAUAUGGCUUCCGUUUCCAGCAAAUCAGAUGUUGCUCUGGAAGCAACGCUUCAAUUUCAAGCAGGAGUAACAACUAAUGAAGCAACCUCUUCUAUUGUGGAUCCAUUUGCUUCAAAUGCCAUCUAUAUGGAUGGUUCUGACUGGGUGGAACUCUUUGUUAGAGAAAUGAGUUGUGUUUCUAACAUGGACGAUGCUAAAGCCCGUGCUUCCAGAGCGUUGGAGGUACUGGAGAAGUCAAUUCGUGAACGUGCUGGUGCAGAGGCAGUACGGAGUUUCCAACAGGAAAAUAUGAUGUUGAAGGAGCAAGUAGAAGCACUUAUUCAUGAAAAUGCUAUUCUCAAGCGAGCAGUGGGCAUUCAGCAUGAGCGUCAGAGAGAAUACGAGGAUAGGAGCCAGGAGUUGCAGCAUCUGAAGCAGUUAGUGGCCCAAUACCAGGAGCAGCUGAGAACAUUGGAGGUGAACAAUUAUGCUUUGACCAUGCACUUGAAGCAGGCACAGCAGAGCAACUCAAUUCCCGGGCGUUUCCACCCUGAUGUCUUCUGAUGUUUCUUUACAUCCAAUUGCUGUAUGAACCUGGAUAUACUGUCAAAGACUUAGUCAUCAACACUUCGGCUUGGGAAUACAGUGUGCUGGCGUGUUGGCUUUCAAUGUCAAACUGAGUAGACUCUCUGAUAAAAGAUACAUUUUAUUCUUAUUGCCAAAGUUAAUUUUUUUUUCCUUGAUGUUGUGUGGAUUUGACAGUCAGAAAUUGUCUGUUAAUUAUAGUUCCCAUAGACAUACAUGAAUAAUUAUGUGUAAAACAUAUGAAGGACAGACUGAUAUUUCCGCGAAGAGCACGGCGGCUUUCGAA